CUCACCAUGGCGGCAAUGAAACCUAUCGUAGUGCCUGCUCUCAAGCGGCACACAGCAACCGUUAUCGUUGCUCACGGCUUGGGCGACAGCGGGGCCGGCUGGCUCUUCCUCGCAGAAAACUGGCGGCGCCGAAGCAAGUUCGAGGAGGUGUCCUUCAUCUUCCCGAAUGCCCCCAAUAUCCCGAUCACGCUUAAUAUGGGAAUGCGCAUGCCUGGCUGGUACGAUAUCAAGAGCCUGAGUGAUCUUGCAGGUCGCGAAGAGGAUGAGGAAGGUAUCGUCAAGUCGCGAGACUACUUCCACUCGCUUAUCGAUUCUGAAGUCGCGAAAGGCAUUCCCGCAAAUCGCAUUGUCAUUGGCGGCUUCUCACAGGGCGGCGCCAUGUCCUUGAUAUCUGGUGUCACAUACAAGUCCCAGCUCGGUGGAAUCUUUGGUCUGAGUUGCUAUCUUCUCCUUCAGAAGAAGAUCAAGGAGAUGAUCCCGGACCAGAGCCCGAACCAAGCAACACCCAUUUUCAUGGGCCAUGGAGAUUCAGAUCAAGUGGUGGCGCACAGAUAUGGUCAAAUGAGUGCCGAUGAGCUCAAAAGUCAUGGAUAUAACGUGGACUUUAGAACCUACAAGGGCCUUGUCCACUCGGCCGACCCCGAGGAGAUUGAUCACCUGGAGUCCUACCUGAACCAACAGAUCCCCCCAGUUGGUGACGCGAAGCAGGACAAUUCGCUCUGA